AUGGGUACUUUUACAUUUCAAUGGCCUCACAAUGCGAGCGAGGUGUUCGUUACAGGCACUUUCGAUGAUUGGGGUAAGACGGUGAAACUGGACCGGGUGGGCGAUAUUUUUGUCAAGGAAGUGACUAUAUCUCCCGUACAAAAAGUCCACUACAAGUUUGUUGUCGACGGUAUUUGGACUACAAAUCCCGACGUACGUGAAGAAGAAGACGGGCAUAACAACAUCAACAACGUGCUUCUACCUGAAGAGAUCAAGGACGCCGACUUCGCCCCCACUAUGUCUGGCGUGACCCCUGAUUCUACAACCGCGGCUCUCGCUGCUAACGUUCCCAAGGAGCCCAAUGGGGAUCUACCUGGUAGCUUCCCAGAGACUCCGGGACAGGAAUCCGAACAGACCUUUUCCGUGGAUCCCAUCCCAGCUUCGGGAGGUUAUGGCAACCCCGUCAACCUGAACCCAGGCGACGAAGUCCCUCAUCACAGCACCAUCCACAACAAAACUGUUGACUCGGCUGUCACUUUGGACAAAGAGUCAUAUGAGAAGGGCCAAACUCUCCCUCUUGGCGCUGGGACCCAGACCACCGACACUAACGCUGACGCUUCCGCAUUUACCCUUCCCCCAGUCACGAACAACAUGAUUCCUGAAUCCAGUCUUCCGAUCGGUGGACCCGCGCAACGCGCCGCAUCCAGUGAGACCGAGCCGGUUUAUACCGGAGGUCCGGCGCAGCAGGCAGCGAUGACCGAUCCAGGAUACCACAUCCAGUCCGCUGGCCCCAACUCAACCACGGCAGCACUAGCUGCUGGCGUGCCGCUGGAGUCAAAGGGCAAGCAGACCAACGGCGACAAGCCCGUUGACGAGGUCCCUCAAGUGGUGAAGGACUCGUUGGCCGAGGCCCACAAGGACCCGGAGGCUGCUGCGAACCGUGAAGCAGUCGAAGAGAAGCAUGCUACCGAGGAGGAACUGCACAAGAAGAUCCCCGUUGAAGAGUCCGCGGGGGCUCCGGCGCCUACUGUCACUGCGGCCACCCAGGCCAUUGCGCCCCAUCUCACCGUUGCUAGUGGUGUAGACUCGGCCGAUGUGUCGCCGCUUUCGACCCCUCCGCUUGACCGCAGUUUUGCUGCUGCUACCCCAUCUUCAGCCCUGAAAAACGCUGAGUCCACUGGACCGACUGUCACAACUGGCCUUGAGAGCACCCCCACUGUCGAAACCUCGACUGCCGAAACCACGGCUCCCAAAACUGCGGAACCUGCAGGCGUCUCUGCUGCGACGGGAGUUGAGUCUGCUCAUACACCUGCUACUCCGACCGCAAAGUCCACAGAGCAGCCUUCCAAACAGUCCCAGAGCACUGAAGGUGGUUCAACUACUGGUGAGAAGAAGAAGAAACACCGCCUGAGUGGCUUUUUCGGCAAGCUCAAGGAGAAGCUUAAAUAA